AUGGCUCCCACUAAGUUAGAAAUCAAACUCAAGUCCUUAAACAGAUUAAUGAAGGAAGAAUCCCUCUACCGCGAGGAAUUGGCUGAACAACAAGUCGUGGUGGAUAACUUGAAGGCUAACAAUGCCGACGAAUACGACUUGAAGAAGCAGAUCGAAGUGUUGGAAGAAACCAGAAAGAUGAUCCCAGAGUUGCUCAAGAAGGUCACAGAACACAAGCAGGCCUUGGACGAGUUCUUGGAGUCCUACAGUGGUGAAGAAGACUUGACCGAAGCCAAGGAAGCCAUC